GAGAGGAGCAGCGAGCGCAGAGGGAACAGGUAGAGUUGGUUCACCUGAGCUUGCAGGUAAUUACAGCGUCUGGGGGAGCAAACAGAGAAACAGCUCAGAGAAAGAAAGAAGGAAAGAAAGAGGCAGCAGCAGCAUCGGUGUGGAGGGAUUUAAUUGAGGAAGAGAAACAGAAAGCAGCUCUCUGACAGAAGGGACUGAACUCUGCAGAGUCCUGACAUCAGCACAAACCCAGGAAGGAGGAAGGAGGUCACGGCGGUCAGCGGGCGGCUGUCUGAGCAUGUCUGCUGAGAUCCACUGAAGCCGUCCCAGAGUUCAUCAGAGCGACAGCUUGGCGGCGCCGCCGCCGCCACCACCAUGCUGCUCAAGGAGUACCGCAUAUGCAUGCCGCUGACGGUGGACGAGUACCGGAUCGGGCAGCUCUACAUGAUCAGCAAGCACAGCUGCGAGCAGAGCGGCGGGGGGGAAGGCGUGGAGGUGGUGAGGAACGAGCCGGACGUCCACCCGCAGCACGGCGCCGGACAGCUGACCGAGAAGAGGAUCUACCUGAGCAGCAAACUGCCGUCGUGGGCCGCGGCGUUCGUCCCGCGGUUCUUCUACGUGACGGAGAAGGCCUGGAACUUCUACCCGCACACCAUCACAGAGUACUCGGUUUCCUUCCUGCCCAAGUUCAGCAUCCGCAUCGACACCAGGUUCGAGAACAACAACGGCAGCAACGACAACCGUCGGCCUCAGAGCCACAGCAGACCUGGAGCCGCCACAGCAGACCCGGAGCCGCUACAGCAGACCCGGAGCCGCUACAGCAGACCUGGAGCCGCUACAGCAGACCCGGAGCCGCUACAGCAGACCCGGAGCCGCUACAGCAGACCUGGAGCCGCCACAGCAGACCUGGAGCCGCUCGACCUGAGCCGCUGGCAGUCGAGCAAGACGGGCCGCGGGCCUCUGGAGGAGGGCUGGAGGGCCGAGCACCAGCCCGUCAUGUGCUCCUACAAGAGGGUGCAGUGCAGCUUCGAGGUGUACGGCUUCCAGACCAGGACCGAGGAGCUCAUCCACCGGAACAUCCGCGACAUCCUCCUGGUGGGUCACCGGCAGGCGGUGGCCUGGAUCGACGAGUGGCACGGCCUGAGUCUGGAGGAGGUGAGGGCGUACGAGCAGGCCAUGCAGGAGAAGACCAACAGCAAAGUCAAGUCCAGCCAGAACGGCACAGGUUCCCAGGUCGCGGCCCGCCCGCCGUUCUCCCGCUCCAUCUCCGUGACGGACGAACGCUCCCUCAAGAAGAUGGGUGUCACCACGGCGACCAUGUCGGACCCAUCGGACCCGUCGGCGCCUCCGGCUCACCUUCGCCUCAACUCCACCCCAGAAUGACA